ACAUUUAGCCUUCACACAGUCAACAACAAGACACAGGAGGAGAUCCAGUUUCAGACCCAUUCGAUGCCUUUAAUACUGACUACAAUCUUUAGGAAACAUGGAGAAAGCUACGCCUGUCAAAGAGCUGAAAGUUUUACUUGUGGGAUCAAACAGCUCCCGGAAAUAUCUGGUUGGAAACAUCAUCUUGGGAAAACAGGCAUUUGAAUCAGAUGUAACAGUCUGUUGUGAGGAGGGAGAAGGAGAAGUGUGCGGGCGAAGAGUCACAUUGGUCAAAGCCCCCGGGUGGCUGCGAGGAUACGACCUCUGUAAUACACCUGAACUGGUCAAGACAGAAGCGACUCUCAGCGUCACACCUGGACUGCACAGUUUUAUCCUGGUGAUUAAUGCUGAAAUACCAUUCAAGGACGAGUACAGGAAGACAACAAAGAAGCACUUGCAACACUUUUUUGGUGACAAGGUGUGGGAUCACACGAUAGUGGUCUUCAGCCACAGAGGUCAGAUUGACCAGGAAACCAUUGAGGAUUACAUCAAGAGUGAAGGGGCUCCACUUCAGUCACUUCUGGAGGCCUGUGGUAACAGAUACCAUGUCCUCUGUGAUGAUGGCACAGACAACAGCGAGAAAGUCAAAGAGCUGUUUGAGAAGAUUGAUGACAUGGUGGCUAAAAACAGCUGUUAUGAAGCAGACAGCACGCUGAUAGAAAAUGCUGAGUUGAAGAGGAAGGAAGUGGACAAAAAAGCUGAGGAGUUGCGUCUGCAAUCACAACAACAAAGGGAAAAGCUCAGAGAUCUCAUGACAGAACCAACACUCAGCCUGAGUAUCUUGAUGGUCGGCUGGGUGUUCUCCGGGAAGAGCGCGUCUGGGAACACCAUUUUUAAAGCUGACGUGUUUCAGGCUGGUGACAAAACAAAGAAAGCUUCAAAGCAAAGUGGCAAGGUGGCUGGUAGGGAGGUCGUCAUCGUGGACACUCCUGGAUGGUGGAAAUUCUUCCCAGCAACGUUCACCCCAAAGCCUUUGAAGGCUGAGAUUUUAAACGGGGUCUCUCUGUGCUCUCCUUCACCAAAUGUCAUUUUGCUGGUUUUGCCUCUUGACACAUCGUUCACUGAUGACCAAAGAAGAGUCACAGAGGACAACAUGAGGCUGCUUGGACAGAGAGUGUGGAGACAUGUUAUUGUGCUGUUUACAUACAAAGACAGUUUGGGGGAUAAAACUAUUGAGCAACACAUUGAAAGUGAAGGAAAGCCUCUCCGAUGGCUCAUUGAGAAAUGUGGGAAUCGAUAUCAUGUCCUUAACAAUAUGAGCACAGAUGAUGAUCAAGUUAGAGUGCUGCUGGAGAAGAUGGAGGAGAUGGUGGCAGGAAACAGCUACUUUUACCUCAGUGCCUAUCCUGAUGGAGAUUAUACAAAACAUCAAGAAGACAGAAGUGACAGUUCUGUGACAGAAAUCAAAGAUGAGAACACAACCAAGAAGAUCACAGAACAACUUACCGUCGAAUGGGAUCGCAAGAACUGGGAAAAACACCAUUGUGAAGGAAGCAUGGACUUACCACCAGGCAUGAGAGAAGCUGGGCAGAGCUCUCAGGGGUCUGAUGCAGAAGAAGAGCGAAUGGAGCAUGAAGACGACCAGUUCAGGAGCUGCUUUGGUUCUGAAGGAGACGGUGAAGAUGAUGUAGGAUCUGGACCUCUGAGCAGAUGGAGGGAACUGCUGGAGAGAGAGUGGAGCAGAAGAGAGGUGGCCAUGGAGCAGGCCUUCUGGACACAGUUCUACAAUCCUGUAGCAGCCCCCUCUGAGCCAGAUAGUGAACUGCUGCUGAAAUCAAGGGAAAAAGUUAAAAGUUGGCUGAAAGGUUCAACAUCUGAGUAUGGGACGGCCUCGAACACCAGCGACCAGACAAAGGAAGAUGGUAUCUGUUUUGGCCAAGAACCCCGCUCAACACCAGGCGGAGGGGCGCCUUAGAGAAGGAAGAAAUCUUAAAAAAAAAAGAAAUAAUGCCCUUUUUUUCU